CUGAUUUCAUUCUUGCAUCGCUUCCGCCUAGCUAUGGGAACUUCAUCUCGAACUACCAUAUGCAUGGGGCCGAGAAGGGCUUGAAUGAGCUGUGUGGGAUGCUUAAGCAAGCAGAGGCAGACAUCAAGAAGGGUGCUAGCAGUAGCCAUGUGAUGGCAAUCCAGAACAAGCCUAACUUUAAGAAGAAGGGCAAUGCGUGGAGGAAGAAAAAGGGCAAGGCUAAAGGUGAGACCUCUAAGCCAAACCCACCUGCACCUAAGGCUGGACCAACUGCGAGCACCAAGUGCUUUCACUGUGGUGGGGAAGGUCACUGGAAGAGAAACUGCAAGGUGUACUUGGAGUCCAUAAAGGAUCGUGGCAGUAAAGGGGAUGAUAAGAAGUAGGAGCGUGGAGAAGGGAGAAGUUGAUUUCCGCGUGGGCAACAAUGCAAGAGUUGCUGCGUUGAACGUCGGGAUAAAGCAGCUUCACCUUCCUUCAGGAUUUAUUUUGGAGUUGAAUAAUUGUUAUUUUAUUCCUAGCUUGAGUCGAAACAUUGUGUCGCCUUCAUGUUUGAUGGAGGAUGGUUAUACAUUCGCGAGUAAAGACAAUGGUUGUGUAAUAUCUCGUAAUGGCAUGUUUGUGGCUUCUGCUUCCAUUGUGAAUGGGUUAUUUAUUUUAAAUCUUGAUGAUUCA